AUGUCUGUGAGCCCCGUCAGCGCCCCCGGAGACGCCCGGAAACGCCGCGAGCAGUUUCACGAAGCCGACGCCGUCGUCGUCGGCGCGGGUGUCUUUGGAUGCGCCAUUGCCUUUGCCCUCGCCAGCCAGGGUCGCUCAGUCCUGCUGCUCGAGCGGCGGCUGGCCGAGCCCGAUCGCAUCGUCGGAGAGCUGCUGCAGCCCGGCGGUAUCGCCGCCCUGAAGCAGUUGGGUCUGGGACACUGCGUCGAGGGCAUCGAUGCCAUCCCCUGCAAGGGCUACAAUGUCAUCUUCAACCACAUCCCCUCGCUGAUCCCGUACCCGACCAUCGACGACAGCGGCAACGUCAUAUACGCCUGGGGCGGGUCGGGAAAGGAGGGAAAACGACCCGAGGGCAGAUCGUUCCACCACGGAAAGUUCAUCACCAAGCUGCGAGAGUCUUGUCUCGCCCACGAGAACAUAACCGUCGUCGAGACCGAGGUCGUCCGGACCCUUCGCGGCGAAUGUACGGACCAGGUUCUGGGCGUCGAGUCGCGGACCGAGAAUCACGAGACGGGCGACAAGAAGUCCGACUACUUCUUUGGUCAGCUGACCGUCAUCGCCGACGGCUACAACUCCAAAUUCCGCAAGGAUGCCAUUGGGGACAAAAAGGCCACCGUCAAGAGCAAGUUCUACGCCCUCGAACUGAUCGAUACCGUGCUGCCCCAGGAAAACUACGGCCACGUCAUCAUCGGAAAAGACACGUUCCCCACGCUGCUGUACCAAAUCGGCACGCACGAGACCCGUGCCCUCUUUGACGUCCCCAUGGGCAUUCCGGAGGCCUCGCCCGCGGCUGGCGGCGUGCGCGGCUACAUCAAGAACGUGGCCAUUCCUGCCCUCCCGCCUUCUGUCCAGCCUGCUGCCCUCGCGGCUCUCGAAGAAGGCGGCAACAUCCCGCGCAGCAUGCCCAACAGCUGGCUGCCACCGACGAGGCAGACUGCCAAGGGACUCCUGCUCCUCGGCGACGCAUUCAACAUGCGCCACCCCCUUACCGGCGGCGGCAUGACUGUCGCCUUCAGCGACGCCCUCCUUCUCUCGCAGCUUCUCGACCCGGCAAGGGUUCCCAAUUUCGAAGACUCCAAAGCCAUCAGCGCCGCCGUCAACGUCUUCUACUGGCGCCGCAAAAACGUCACGUCCAGCAUCAACGUCCUCGCCCAAGCCCUGUACACGCUCUUCGCCGCCAACGACCGCCAGCUGCAGGCCCUCCAGCUAGGCUGCUUCGAGUACUUCCAGCGCGGCAUGACGGACGGGCCGUGUGGUCUCCUCGCCGGCAUUAUCCAGCGCCCCGCCGUCCUGGCAUAUCACUUCUUCUCCGUCGCCUUCCUGUCCCUGUGGCUGAACGCCCUCGCCAUUUGCGCCGGGCCCUUUGGUGUCUUCAAGGCUCCCCUGGCACUGAUAGACGCAGUUCUUAUCCUUUGGAAGGCCAGCUGCGUCUUUUUGCCGCUAAUAUGGCGCGAGGGCUUCCAGUAA